ACGCAAUAAAGUAAACAGAGCAGGAGCUGUCAGGGAAACCUAGAUAGUCCGCACUGAAAGGACCGAAAUAUAGAAAUGCAUUUAACUUUUUCUUCAUAAUAAGCGGAAUUUACACGGUAAACCUUUUCAAGUCCACAAAGAGGUUGUACAGACAUGGACUAUGAAUUAGAAGAGGACAAGCUUGGAAUACCAACAGUGCCAGGUACUGUGUGUCUGACGAAAGAUGCUAAUAACCUCAUUGGAAUCAGCAUUGGUGGUGGGGCACAGUACUGCCCUUGUCUCUACAUUGUCCAAGUUUUUGAUAACACCCCAGCAGCUCUGGAUGGGACACUGGCAGCAGGUGAUGAAAUCACAGGUGUGAACGGCAAACCAGUGAAGGGAAAAACUAAAGUGGAGGUGGCCAAGAUGAUUCAAGCUGUCCAGGGAGAAGCAACAAUCCACUACAACAAACUGCAGGCAGACCCAAAACAGGGGAAGUCUUUGGAUAUAGUGCUUAAAAAGGUCAAACAUCGGCUGGUGGAGAAUAUGAGCUCAGGCACGGCAGAUGCACUUGGACUCAGUAGAGCUAUUCUCUGCAAUGAUGGACUGGUCAAAAGACUGGAGGAACUGGAGAAAACAGCAGAGCUCUACAAAGGGCUGAUGGAGCACACAAAGAGGCUGCUCAGAGCUUUUUUUGAGCUUUCUCAAACUCACAGAGCAUUUGGUGACGUUUUCUCUGUCAUUGGAGUCAGAGAGCCCCAGGCUGCAGCCAGUAAGGCAUUUGUUAAGUUUGCAGAUGCCCACCGCAACAUUGAGAAAUAUGGAAUUCAGCUACUGAAGACCAUUAAACCAAUGCUCCAUGACCUGAACACGUACCUUCACAAGGCCAUACCUGACACAAAGCUCACCAUUCGCAAGUACCUGGAUGUGAAGUUUGAGUAUCUGUCAUACUGUCUGAAGGUGAAGGAAAUGGAUGAUGAGGAAUACAGCAGUAUUGCAAUGGGGGAGCCUCUGUAUCGUGUGAGCACUGGCAACUAUGAGUACCGUCUGGUGCUGCGGUGUCGGCAGGAAGCUCGUGCACGCUUCGCCAAAAUGAGGAAGGAUGUUCUGGAGAAGAUAGAGCUGCUAGAUCAGAAACAUGUCCAGGAUAUUGUGUUCCAGCUGCAGCGCUUCGUCUCAGGCAUGUCGCAUUACUACGACGAGUGCUAUGCUGUUCUGAAAGAGGCAGAUGUCUUUCCCAUCGAAGUGGACCUGUCCCGCACGAUGAUCAACUACAGUAGCCAGUCACUCUCUUACAAUGAUGAUGAGGAGGAAGAGGAGGAGGAGGGGGAGGAUGGAAGAGGCAGAGAGGAGGGAGGAGGCAGCACUGGCAGACAAGCGGAGAAUGGUGCUGAGAAACUGAUCGAUGAUGAAUGAGUGUGUGUGCGUGUGUCCACCCCAUUAACAUAACUAAACUGCCACAAAGCAGUGAUUUUUGGAGUGCAAUGUUUCAUUUUUGGGAGUUGAAUACUACUAAAAAAAGAACUGCUGUAAUGUGGUGUCCUUGUCUGUUGGUGUUAACCAAUAGCAACUCUCAACUUUCCUUUAAAAAAAUUACUUUAUAGUCAUUAAAGAAUGACUAUAAAUAACUAUAUAUGAGUUGUGCCUUCUUAGCUUUUAGUUUAAUGAAGUCAAAUGGUUCUGGGCUGUAUUCUUUAACUUUAACUUUACCUUUUCACCCUACACUGACAUUUUAAUUUCAUUUUGUAUGAAGUGACCUAAAAUAUUUUCACUACAAAGAAAUAAUUUUCUCCUUAUAACAAUAUAACUAGUGAGUAAAUAUACAUAAUGUAAAGAUGUUGUUGCAGAUGGUGACUGACACACUGGAAUGAAGAAAAACACUCAUUGUAAAUAGGUAUGUGUGUAAAAAAUGGUGUUUGAUUUUUUUUUUCUUGUUAUUCCAAUUUUAUUUAUUAUUUAUUGUAAAAGUAUAAUGGGGAGGAUUAAUUUCUGUCACCACCUAGCUGUGUCACUGUUGUCUGUCUUUCAUUUUUCCACUGAAUAUUUGAAUAAUUCUGUGCAUUUUGAUUCACUGUUGUAUUUAAAGUUAUCACUUGAGGGCAGCAUCACAUCAGAUCUCGGUGAUUGGCAGCCAGUGAUAAAUAUACUCCACUUGUGUUGCUUUGUGUGGUUUUCCACAACAGAAAUGAUUAAUUUCAUGCAUCGGAGGGAUCUACUAAAUGUUAUCUUGUGUUGCACAGAUUGGCUCAUAAACAAUAGCAUAUUGGCUUAAAAUGAGGAGACGUAUAUCAAAGGUUGUUUUGUACUACGAAUGAAUAAAAACUCUGUGUUCUGUUGGAGGAUA